CCGGGGCUGCAGCGGGGCGCGGGGCUCGGCCCGGCCACCGGCGCCCGCGGCGGGAUCGGGAGGCGCGGUGGCGCGGAGCCUUUGUCAGCGGCAGCGACGGCGAACACUGAGGACGGCACUAGUCUGAGCUGGACUCUGAUGGCUUCCUCGAACCCUCCGCCACAGCCUGCCAUAGAAGAUCCACUGGCUCCCAGAGCCCCAGGCCCCUCCCCGGAGGUGGAGGAGGACUCCGGAGAAGCCUUUGAGUUUGAUGACAGUGAUGAUGGAGAGGACACCGGCACAGACCUGGUUGUUCCUGGCCUUGCCCCCGAGAGGGAUACAGAGCCCUCACUGAUCUGCUUCGACCCUGUCCCUGGCCCAGACCUGGACCCAGCCGCUGUACUGCCCCAGACAGAGGCACCUGCUGUGGUCAGCAAUGGGGAUGCUGUGGGCGCAGCUUUCUCUGGGGUUCGGCACUCCAGCUGGAAGCGGAAGAGCUCACGGCGCAUUGACCGAUUCACUUUCCCUGCCCUGGAUGAAGAUGUAAUUUAUGACGACGUCCCCUGUGAGAGCCCAGACGCCCAUCAGCCCGGGGCAGAGCGGGGCCUACUUUACGAGGAUGUACAUCGUGCUGGAGCACCGCGUGAGGCUGAGGACCUAGGCUGGAGCUCCAGUGAGUUUGAGAGCUACAGUGAGGACUCAGGGGAGGAGGCCAAGCCAGAGGCAGAGCCCACCAAGCACCGGGGGUCCUUCCAGCCCAAGCUCUCUCCAGACCUGACUAGACUAAAGGAGAGAUACGUCAGGACUAAGAGAGACAUCUUGGCUUUGAGAGUUGGGGGUAGAGACAUGCAGGAGCUGAAGUUCAAGUGUGAUUGUAAGUGCCAGGAGAGUAGGGAGUGGCUGGUGGUCACCCUGGCAGUCAGCAGCAGCACUGGUCAUGCCAGGGUCUCAGUGCUGUCAAUCCUAGAGUUCUGCCCACUGCAGCGGAGCCAGGGCCAGCAGGAGGACAGGGAGGGACCCCAGCAGACACUCAUGAAGGUCGUGACCCAAGACAGGAACAAGGAGAGGAGCCAGGGGCCCAUGGAGGGGCACCCACCUGAUAAGUACCAUGCAGGUACUGACAAGCAGGGUGAUCUGCUCUACCACUGCGCCACUGCAUCCACGCCUCUCAGAUGCUUACCUCCCCCAGCCCUAAGGCUGAGUCCGGUGUCUUCUCUACCAGACAAGGUGUACCUGGGCCCGCCGCGCCUCUUCCAGGAGCUACAGGACCUGCAGAAGGACUUGGCAGUGGUAGAGCAGAUCACCCUGCUUGUCAGUACCCUGCAUGGUACUUAUCAGAAUCUGAACACAACUGUGGCCCAAGACUGGUGCCUGGCCCUGCAGCGGCUGAUGCGAGUGAAGGAGGAGGAGAUCCACUCUGCCAACAAGUGCCGCCUGAGGCUACUGCUGCCUGGGAAGCCCGACAAGUCUGGCCGUCCCAUCAGCUUCAUGGUGGUCUUCAUCACACCGAACCCCCUGAGCAAGAUUUCCUGGGUCAACAGGUUACACCUGGCGAAGAUUGGACUCAGGGAGGAGAACCAGCCAGGAUGGCUGUGUCCCGAUGAGGACAGGAAAAGCAAAGCCCCGUUCUGGUGUCCCACCCUGGCCUGCUGCGUCCCUGCCUUCUCCUCCCGGGCCCUCAGCCUGCAGCUUGGGGGUCUGGUCCACAGUCCUGUCAACUGUCCCCUGCUGGGCUUCUCAGCUGUCAGCACUUCCCUUCCACAGGGCUACCUCUGGGUUGGAGGUGGGCAGGAGGGUGCUGGUGGCCAGGUGGAGAUCUUCUCCCUGAACCGACCUUCACCACGCACUGUCAAGUCCUUCCCGCUGGCAGCCCCUGUGCUCUGCAUAGAGUACAUUCCGGAUCCAGAGGAGGAGGCUGAGGGUGCGGAGGAGAGCCGGGUGGCUGCUGACCCCUCAGCUGCAGUGCACCCCACCGUCUGCCUCGGGUUGCAGGAUGGCAGCAUCCUGCUCUAUGGCAGUGUGGACACUGGUACCCAGUGCCUGGCAACCUGCAAGAGCCCAGGCCCACAGCCUGUGCUCUGCCUGCGGCAUAGCCCCUUUUACCUGCUUGCCGGCCUACAGGAUGGGACCCUCGCUGCCUAUCCUCGGACCAGUGGUGGAAUUCCCUGGGACCUGGAGAGCCCUCCCAUGUGUUUGACUGUGGGCCCAGGGCCCAUUCGCACACUACUGAGCCUGGAGGAUGCUGCAUGGGCCAGCUGUGGCCCACGGGUCACUGUACUGGAUGCUGCCACUCUGCAGACUCAGCAAAGCUUCGAGGCGCACCAGGAUGAGGCGGUGAGUGUAACACACAUGGUGAAAGCAGGCAGCGGUGUCUGGAUGGCCUUCUCUUCUGGCUCCUCCAUCCGCCUCUUCCACACUGAGACCUUGGAGCAUCUUCAAGAGAUCAACAUUGCCACCAGGACCACCUUCCUCCUGCCAGGCCAGAAGCACCUGUGUGUCACCAGCCUCCUCAUUUGUCAGGGUCUGCUCUGGGUAGGCACUGACCAGGGUGUCAUUGUCCUGUUGCCUGUGCCCCGGCUGGAGGGCAUCCCCAAAAUCACAGGGAAAGGCAUGGUGUCUCUCAAUGGUCACUGUGGACCUGUGGCUUUCCUGGCUGUGGCCAUGAGCAUCUUGGCCCCUGACAUCCUGCGGAGUGAUCAGGAAGAGGCUGAGGGGCCUCAGGCUGAGGAGGACAAGCCAGAUGGACAGGCUCAUGAGCCAGUGCCUGCACCUGAUAGCCACACAGCCCGAGAGUUGAGCCGCAAGAAAGGCAUCCUGCUUCAAUACCGCCUGCGCUCCACGGCCCACCUCCCUGGGCCUGUGCUGUCCGUGCGGGAACCGGCACCCACUGAUGGCUCAGCUCUGGAGCAUAGUGAAGAGGACGGCUCUAUCUAUGAAAUGGCCGAUGACCCUGAUGUCUGGGUUCGCAGCCGGCCCUGUGCCCGUGAUGCCCACCGCAAGGAGAUCUGUUCUGUGGCCAUUAUCUCUGGUGGGCAAGGUUACCGACACUUUGGCAAUGCUCCAGGUGGCCUGAGUGGGCGGCCGGCCCCGUGCAGCGAGGCAGACAGUACACUUCUCAUCUGGCAGGUACCCUUGGCUCUAUAGCUAUCUACCCUGUCCAUCUGAAGGUCACAGGGCAGCUGGACUACUGGAGACAUGCUGGGACCUUUUUUGGCCCACCAGGAUUUCCCCCAGGGACCUGCACAGGCCAUAAGAUGGGAUUGGAUUCUCCACCGAGGCCUUGAAGAUCAGAGGGAAACCUUUGAAAACAAAAAUUCAGAAUGUUUUGGGGAGGGGUUUUAGGAUCAUGGGGUAUGGAAGGACACACUUGGAGAAUAUGGCCUUUUUAUUUUGUUUUUGAAGCAAAAAACAUAAAACCUCACCACUGCCUGCUAAACCCAGAACCUUUUAUUGGGGCUGAGUGAGGCUCGGAGGUGGCUGUGCCCCUUCAGGAAGGACGUAUGUGUGAGUGUCUGAGCAUGAGGGCUGGCGUGUGAACAUAUAUAUGAUGAAUUCGUAUAUACGAUGUAUAUUAUAUGUGUAUAAAUACAAUCUGUACAUAUGGGUCUCUGGGAAAUGCUGGAAUAAAAGGCAAGAGAUAUGUGG